AUGACGUCAGCUCCAGCAGAGAGUGCUGCCUGUGCUGAAGCACCUGAUUCGUUGAUCAAGAAAUUGUCAAGAGAAGCAGCCAAGAAAGCUUCCGUUGCUUCCAUCCUGGAUUCACCUGUGCGUCAUUCUUCCAUCUGUGAGACGUUCGAUUACGAUCUACAGAACGACCUAAACGAGGAGCCGCUCAUAGACCAGGAAGUAAUGAAAAGUUGGAAGAUCAAAACGGCAACGGUCCUUAACGAGGUUAUGAUGCAAAGGUCGUCCAGCAGCCGUCUGGUGGUGUUGAAUUUGCCGCCUCCCCCCACAAACAAAUCCGAUCUUCCGGACUACAUGGAACACUUGAAAUGUUUGACGGCUGGACUACAUAAAGUAAUUCUCGUAAGGGGCAGCGGAAAUGAGGUCGUUACGAUGUAUUCUUGA